AUGCGGAUUGCAAGAAUCCCAAUCGGCAAAGUGGCCUCUUUUUUCAAGAUUGGUCUUGCUGGGCUCGGAUCCGGGCGCGCAUCAGAAGAUGUGGUGCUGGACAUGGUCGAGCAAACCGAAAAGCUGGCCAUCUUGCAGCUCCGCCUCCGCUUUGGCAUGAAAGGCUGCUACUGGAGCCCCAAUAUGAAUUUUGUGCUUGAGCUGGCGAAUGCGGAGCAGCGCGAGAAGCUCGAGCUACGUGCCAGCGUGGCAGCAAUGGCUCAGCGGAAAUUCUUGGGUUUUCAGCCUAGUGGUGAUCUCGAUGGCCAUUUUUGGGGCUAUUCAAUUGAUGAAAGUUCAUUCUCGAUCAAGCAAAUGAAGCUGCAAGUGGCUGAAGCAGGCUUAGCGCAGAUAGCAGUCAUGCUUCGCCACUCGAACUCCCGCUUGGGUGUCGCUUUUAAGGUGUAUCAGGGCGCUGCAGAGAUCGCUAGAGUCUACAACUCCACGACGACCUACGCCCACACGAUUCCACUGAAGGCGAACGACACGCUGAGCGUCAAGUACGUUGGCGUCGGGAAGCUGUACUUGGGAAACAGCUUCAUGUAUGUGCUGUUACUGUCGCCGACUACGCAGCCAUUCUCGCAGAAGAUCUAA